AUGCGCCGGGUGGUUGUCACAGGUCUAGGCGCCAUCACGCCUCUAGGCGUGGGCGUUCGGCGUACCUGGUCUCGCCUCCUCGCUGGCGAAACCGGCAUAGUCAGCGUCGCGAGUUCUGAGCCACAGCGGCUAUGGCGUGAUCUUCCGAGCACUGUCGCGGGUGUCGUGCCCAAAGCAGAUGCGGACGGCGAUAGCAGCAGCAGCACUGAGGGUCUAUGGCGGCCCGGUGACUGGUUCACGGCCACGGAGCAGCGGCGGACUUCGACGUUUACGCAGUAUGCCAUGGCUGCGGCCUCGGAGGCUCUCAAGGAUGCUGGGUGGGAUCCCAAGAGACAAGAUCAGCUCGAGGCCACUGGAGUGUGUCUAGGAAGUGGCAUUGGGAACCUCGACGAAAUAUACUCUACAAGCAUAACGUACGAUCAAAGUGGUUAUAAGAAGGUGUCGCCACUAUUCGUGCCCAAGAUUCUUAUCAAUAUGGCCGCGGGACAUAUUGCCAUGAAAUAUGGCUUCCAAGGGCCAAAUCAUGCUGCAACUACAGCUUGCACCACUGGCGCACACUCGAUUGGUGACGCAUCGCGCUUUAUUGCCUUUGGCGACGCCAAUGUCAUGGUCGCGGGCGGUUCCGAGGCCUGCAUCCAUCCAUUGACCUUUGCUGGGUUUGGCAGAUCUCGGUCUUUGUCCACGACUUUCAACCAUGACCCGCCGUCUAGUUGUCGUCCCUUUGAUCGUCGUCGAGACGGGUUCGUCGUCGCAGAAGGUGCUGCCGUGGUCGUUUUGGAGGAGCUCGAGCAUGCCAAGGCCAGAGGAGCACACAUAUAUGCCGAACUCAACGGCUACGGCUGCAGUGGCGAUGCUUAUCAAAUGACUGCACCUCUGGAGGAUGGAUCUGGGGCGCAUCGGGCCAUGAAAAAGGCCCUGCAGCAUGCCAAUAUCAGACCUGCUCAGGUCAAUUAUAUCAAUGCUCAUGCCACAGGUACCACCAUUGGCGAUACUGCGGAAGCUUUGGCAAUCCGAUCUCUUAUGGUUGGGCCAGAAGGUUAUAUGAAUGAUGCGGAUGUAACAGUCAGCAGUACCAAAGGAUCAAUCGGACAUCUGCUUGGAGCAGCUGGCGCUAUAGAGGCCAAUGCCGUCCCUCCAACCAUGAAUCUCCAUGAUCCUGAUAUCGAGCCAAAGUUCAACUUGGUUCCACUGAUAUCUCAAAGCAAACAAGUUGAUGUAGCCAUGUCCAAUAGCUUCGGUUUUGGUGGCACGAAUGCUUCUCUGGUAUUUUCUAGAUACCAUAAAUAG